AUGGAGAAUGGGCAAUUGAUUUUUGAUCAAGAAUUAUUCGAUGAACAAAUGAAAAAAUCUGGUUUGUUGAACAGUUUAUCCAACCCUAUUUUCCCAAUUCAAACGCAGUUUUGCUUCAUCCACUUAACCAUUCAAGAAUUUCUUGCUGCAUUACAUGUGACUGAAACAUACGCUCCAGCCGAUAUGAACGAGUUUAUUACGAAUCACAUUAGAAGUGGUAAAUGGCAUUUAGUCCUUCAGUUCAUUGCAGGACUUUUAGGCAAGAAAAUCAAGAUGUUUUAUAGGGAUUACAUCGAGUGUGUUUUGGCAUUUGCAAAAAACUGCGAUGUUAUUCAUGGUAAACAUAAUCUAAAUGUCAAUCAAGUUCUGGUGAUGAAGUGUUUAAGGGAAGUAGAUGAUGAAGAGAUUGUUAAAGACGUUUGCGAAACAACUGCUAUGAACGAUGUUGUAAAACUUCGUGUUGAUGGCUUUCAUCCAAGUGAUAGUGCGGCGGUGAUGUUUGUUUGCAAACACAUGAAAAAUUUAACACAGCUAUAUUUUCGAAAUUAUGCAGAUUGUUUUCGGGAAUUCCUGCAAUUGUUACAAAAAAGAUGCAUAAAUAUACUAGAAUUGAUGGAGGGAUUCGGAGACAAAGAUAAACACAUUGGCGCGGGACCUGUAUUUAGCGCAUUAAUGAAAUCACACUGUACAUUGAACCACAAGCACACUAACUUGACUUUCUUAAUGCUUCAUGGUGUUUUGUUGGACGACCCAGGUUUAUCAAACAUGCGUGCAUUUUUUGAAAACGGGCAUGCAAAACAUCUUGAGAAAUUUCAUUUUGAUCUACCCCUAAGUCCCCUAUCGUGGAGAGAAGAAAUGAAUUACACGGCGCCACUGAGCGCUCGU